AUGGAAAUCCAGUGCCACGCCUGCAUUGGUGGUACCAGUGUCCGCGACGACAUGAAGGCCCUCCAGGAUGGCCCUCAGGUCGUUGUCGGUACUCCCGGCCGUGUCCACGACAUGAUCCAGCGUCGCGUUCUCAAGACCGACCACAUGAAGAUGUUCGUCCUCGACGAGGCCGACGAGAUGUUGUCUCGCGGUUUCACCGAGCAGAUCUACGACAUCUUCCAGCUUCUGCCCCAGUCCACCCAGGUUGUCCUUCUGUCCGCCACCAUGCCCCAGGACGUCCUCGAGGUCACCACCAAGUUCAUGCGCGACCCCGUCCGCAUUCUCGUCAAGAAGGACGAGCUUACCCUUGAAGGUAUUAAGCAGUUCUACAUCGCUGUCGAGAAGGAGGACUGGAAGCUCGACACUCUGUCCGACUUGUACGAAACCGUCACCAUUACCCAGGCUGUCAUCUUCUGCAACACCCGCAGAAAGGUCGACUGGCUCACCGACAAGCUCACUGCCCGUGACUUCACUGUCUCUGCCAUGCACGGCGACAUGGACCAGGCCCAGCGUGAUGUCAUCAUGAAGGAGUUCCGUUCCGGAUCUUCCCGUGUCCUCAUUGCCACUGACCUUCUUGCCCGUGGUAUCGAUGUCCAGCAGGUCUCCCUUGUCAUCAACUACGACCUUCCCGCCAACCGUGAGAACUACAUCCACCGCAUCGGUCGUGGUGGACGUUUCGGACGUAAGGGUGUUGCCAUCAACUUCGUCACUGCCGACGAUGUCCGCAUGAUGCGCGAAAUUGAGCAAAUGUCUGCAUAUGAUAGACUUACGAUGCUUAGUUGA